UUAAGUAGAUGGAAGACUGUGACGCUGACAGAAGCGCGCAUAACUUUCGCUAGUUAGCUAGCAAACGUUAUCUCACUAUAUGUGAAAGAAGAGAAUCGUACUUAAAAUACUUGAUUCUUCAGUUCUGCCACCACGUAAGUGACUGGCUACUCGAUGGAUUACUGCCCUCGUUGAUCUUUUGGAUGUGCAAAGGAGUUAGAGAUACGUAGCUGACGAGUUAGCUAGGAGCUAGUCUGCUAAAAUGUUUCUAACGUUAUGAUGAAGACAUUAGCUAUCUUGCCAACGUUAGUCAGCAAGUCAUUAGACGUAUGUUCUCAAUUUUAGGAUUAACAGCCACUGUUCAAGUUGAAGAUUCGUUAGAUAUCGUUACUCUAGUCUAGGCUGAAGCGGAGGACUCAAAGCAAAACAGUCAAUCCUAGUUACACGUCGCCGUUGCUGUCUCUUCCCCCGACCGGGGCUGCAGCUCCGGAGAACAGGGGAAAACGCGCCGCUAACGCCGAUAAUGCUUGGAAUUAUGGACAAGCAACAAGAUACAAUACGGAAAUGCAAAACGGAGCCUUUGCCUCUGGAGAAAAGGAAGAGGACGGUGGAAGACUUCAACAAGUUCUGCAGCUUUGUCCUAGCCUAUGCCGGCUACAUACCCUCUCCUAAAGAGGAAAGCCAGUGGUCUCCAUCUUCCUCCAGUUCCCCACAUGGCUCUGGGGCUUCAGGGGAUGGGGGCACCUCCACGGGGGGCAGCUGGGAGGAAGGUGGCAGCUCCAACCUCCGAACCAUCCGGACGUUUGUCCAGAAGGCCCGUGCCAACAAGGGGAAAGGCCUGCGGCGGCUGCACUCAAACGGCUUCCUCCUGGAGAAGAUGCGGCUGAAAGACUCGCUGUUUGAGGGUCAGACGAGGACCAAGGCUGAACGCAAGAAGGAGAGGAAGCUAAAAAAGCUCUCGCUGGCCACGGGAGGAGAGGCGCACGAGGGGCGUCACAGGGGUGCGAAAGGGGCGUCGACGAAGGACGGCAAAAUUCCCAAGGCGGAAAAAUCUCUGAAGAAGCUGAAAAGCUCUGUCAAGCGCAAGGCGUACUCUGGCACGGGCCCCGCCCAAAGAGAGGAGCAUGUCACGGGGAAGGAGCUAAAGGAGAAAGUGGAUCAUGCGCAGGAGGUGCGGCUUGUGGAAGUACUGAGGGAAGAGUCGACCAGAGAGGCGGAGAUGAGCUCAAGCGAGGGCGAGACCUGGAUCGCAGAUGAGGACAUUAUGGUAGAGUCUGGCGAUGACUCAUGGGACUUGAUCACGUGUUACUGUGGAAAACCCUUUGCGGGACGGCCCAUGAUCGAAUGCAAUCAGUGUGGGAUUUGGGUGCACCUCUCCUGUGCCAAGAUCAAGAAGUCAAAUGUGCCCGAUAUCUUCUUCUGCCACAAGUGCAGGGACCGUAGGUCUGGCCCGAAGAAGGACCCCUAAAACGAACCUGCAUCGCUCCCUCUAGACAUCCUUUCUCCGUGUUCUGAGAGAGCUUUUCCACGGUCAUGUUUCUGAAAAACUUUUCUCAGUCGAGCAAAGGUCACUUUAGAGAUGCACAAUGACUAUGUGUACUCCCGCUUCCAUUUAACAAAUAAAAAGGAAGUGGGCAUGUCCAAUGCCCUCUACACAUCUAGGUAACUAUGGGUGAGAAGCCACCACUGCCAUUUCUAAACAAGUUUAUUUCUUUUCCCCAUAAAAGACGCACCAGGACACAAUGGCCCAACCGGUCCUUUCCAUAAUCCAAUCAAUCUAUACAGGGUGAAGAAACCAAGCAGCCAUUUUGCACUAGUCUUCACAGCCCAGCAUUUAUUUAAAAUGUUUUGCUCAUACCCCCCCCCCUCCCUCCACAAAUACAAUAACAUCUGUAAUGACUGUAGUAUGGAAGGCAAAAUGGUGCUUCACUCAUUUAUCUGGAUUAAUGGUAUGAUUUAAAUUUGUUUAAUUUCUAAAAGAACAGUGUUUGGAAUGUAAGCCUCAUGUUGUUAUUUGAAUGUGUUAUGUGUCAGCCCUGCAUGUUUAAUUCCAUACAUUUUUUUUUUUAGAAAACGGUUUACAUUUAUUUUUGUUUUCAGGGUAACGAAUGGUGAAAUAGUCAUUUUUAAUGAUUACUUUACAUGGAAGCUCAAGUCAUCCUCAAGUUGAACCCACUCCUGCUCUCUCAUUGGCUCAGUACUCAAAGGGUCUUCUCUAUUGGCUGACCAAGAUUAUACAGGUAGAAUGAUCAUUAAAUACCCCCAUGACAAACUGGCAUGGCAUACCUAAGUAGGUUUUUAUGAGACAAAAAAAAUCUUGCUGGCUAGAGUAUUGUGGGAUUAAUGCAACAUUUGUGUUUGGCUGAAAUUGAUCAUUUUUGUUGACAGGAAUUAGUGUUAUGAGUAGUGUCAUUUCUAAACUGUGGGAAAUAAGGUUAAGCAGUAGUGUCAUGCCCUUUUGCACCUAGGUCUUCAGCACAGGGUUUAACAGUUUAUCCUAUAUUGUUCUGAGCAGCUGCAACAGACUACCACUAAAGUUUCUAAGAGAUGAUUUUUGUGCCUUUUUCUGUGUAUGCACAAUGGUGCAUUGUUAUGUCCCUCUUCACUAACAUAUGGCACUUAAAGUGGAAAUUGAGCUUCAAUGAAACCUGCGACAUAUAGUGCUAGGUAAUAUUACAAUUUGUCUAAAUCUGUAGAAUCUUGUCUACUAGUGCUUUUGCAUGUCUUUGGUGUGAGUGCCCCGUGAUUGCUAUAGAAUGUUGCCACCAUUCUGAAGAAUCUGAUUAAAAAUGGGCCAUCCAGUUCUGCCACUUUGUAGUUUUAAGCAAAUUGGAGAUUCUUAACUUCGUCUCAUCUGGUUACGAACAAGGUCAUCUCAAGUUAAAAGAAAGUAUAAAACUUGAAUGUGUGUUAAAUUAAGGCACAGAGUGACUGGUUUGAAUAGCUCUGUAAAUGUUGUGUUUUUGGGGCUAUUGCUUUGAAUUUCUGCUGUGGAGAUGUACAGAAGGAACAUGGUGAUUGAUCCCAAAUACCCUCAAAUUCAGUACCCCUCAAACUCAAUUUGUUUUUCUGCACAUGCCCAGGUUCAGGUCAAGUUGACAGUAUUAGAACAGCUUCUAGUAACUGUUAGUAAUUUUAAGAAAGGAAUUCAACUUAACUUCGUAAAAGACAAUGUAUAUAUUUGGCCCUCGGUAUGAUUAACACUUUAAAACAGACCAUUGCUUGCCUUUCUUGUUAUUUAAUGAUAUGUUAAAGGUUUAUAGAAUGCCAGAGUGACUAAAUGUCUUAACUGGUGUUGCAUAACUUGACUUUAAUACAAGUACAGCCCAUAAUACUAAUGGCUGCAGUUUGACAAACUUUGCACUACAAGUUACUUAUUGCAUUGUCUCAAAACAAGGAUGCGUAAGAUAUUUAAAAUACCAUAUUUUCUUAUUUUAUGAAAAUGUAUAACCUCAAUUUUCCUCUCGCAGUAUCUUCUUAAGAAAUGUCUGCAUUCUGUAAGGGGAGAAAUACAGCAAACCUGUUAAGUUGCAGCACUUAUAAAUAGGAAUGUAUAAGUACAGUUAAGAAUCGUAUGUGAAAAUAUUUUGUUUAGAAUGAAUAUUUUGCAGGAUGUGAAUCUGCUGCCGGGUGAGAAGCAUGGAGAAGGAGGAAGCUAGGCUGUUUGGUUAUAAUUUAUUUUUUAUAACUUUUCUUUUUUUUUCAGAUUUGUUUCUGAUUUCUCUCUAAUCAGUUUUAAGGAUAGACAGACAACUCUGUAACUAUACCCCUUACCAAACUCAUUUUCCCCCAAGAAAAACUGUAAAAUGUUUGUACGUUCAUCUUUGUGUGCUGACGAUACUGGGUUUUUGUGUCUUCGUUUUUCAUCUUAUUAUUUGGCAAACCAUAUAUGCUAAUGCUGUAUACAGUGGCUUCCAAUGUAUUGGUACCCUUUGUCAAAAAUUUCAUUUAACAGAAACAAGCUAAUGUACAAUCACUAUGUUUUCAAUGAAAGAGAUAUUCAAAAAUACAGCCAACUCUGCAUACAGCAACAUGUUUUA